UAAAAUCGUAGCAAAUGUUCGCCGACAUAAAUCUAUAAUCGGUGCGCAACUAAAAAUGUCAUCUGGUUUCGUGACUAGUGCUAAAAACAUGUUAGAAAAUAAAGAAUACAGUAAAAAUGUCGAAACCAAAGCUGUGAAUAAUAAUAAAACUAGUAGUUUCAGUGAUAAAAACAAAAAUAGAGGCGCUAAAGGUGCCGAUGUGAAAAAAAAAUAUGAAACUGUUAUAAAAGUUAAAAGUGUUAUCCCUAGACGCCGGCAAGAUCUGCUGAAAUGGUACGGUUGGGGCUACAAAGACUCUAUGUUCGUAAUUAACGAAACCACUACGACAUUCACUGGAAGCAGAUACUUACUCGGAGGAAAGAAUCUACCGUACGCAAAGCAAUGGCUAAAAGAGCAUUUCGACUUGGACAUCUCAAAGCCUCGCAAAACACCGCCUUUGCCGACCUCAUUUCCCCAGAGCAGGUUACCAGCUAACGUUAAAGAAGAGCUCCAGAAGAUAACCCUGCUUAGUACAGAUGGUAUGGACAGACUGAUCAGGGCACAUGGCCAAACGCUACACGAUGUAUAUAACUUGAGGGAGAACAAUUUUCCCAGGAUACCUGACGCUGUGGUAUGGCCGGAGAAUCAUGAACAGGUAGAAGAUAUAGUAAACUGCGCGUCCCGACACCACUUCGUGAUAAUUCCCUUCGGUGGUGGUACGUCGGUUUCGGGCUCUGUCACCUGCCCCGCCAAUGAGGACAGACCGAUCGUUGUGCUGGACACCAGCGAUAUGAACUCCAUACUUUGGCUGGAUAAGGAACAGCUGCUGGCAAGAGUUCAGGCAGGUAUAGUCGGACAGGAUCUAGAGAGGGAGAUGCGCGCGCGAGGCUUCACUGUGGGUCAUGAGCCUGACUCGUAUGAGUUCUCCACUUUGGGCGGCUGGGUCGCUACCAGAGCGAGUGGUAUGAAGAAGAACACGUAUGGAAAUAUAGAGGACCUGGUUGUUCAAACCAAGGUCGUAACUCCUCGAGGGGUAAUAGAGAAAAGCUGUCGCGUGCCUCGACUGUCCUGUGGACCGGAAUGGGAGCACAUUGUUUUAGGAUCAGAAGGCUGCUUAGGUGUCGUCACUGAGGUGACGUUGAAAAUCCGCCCAUUACCACCUGUCGUUCGCUACGGGUCCCUCGUGUUUCCAGAUUGGGACUCUGGAUUUUAUUUCGAGAGAGAAGUGGCGAGGCAGCGGUUGCAGCCCUCGAGUAUACGACUAAUGGACAAUGAACAGUUCCGUUUCGGCCAUGCCCUAAAAAUGGAGCAAUCCUGGGGUGGUGUCUUGCUCGAUGGCCUAAAACGGUUCUACAUCACAAAGAUUAAGGGAUUCGACCCAUGCAAGCUGUGCCUCGUCACUCUACUGAUGGAGGGCACCGCGGAAAAAGUGGCAGAUAGUGAGAAGAAGAUGAACAACAUUGCGGCGCAGUAUGGCGGGGUUCCGGGAGGCGCGAAGAAUGGAGAAAUUGGAUAUACCCUUACCUUCGUCAUUGCUUAUGUUCGGGACUUAGCGUUAGAAUGCGACAUCGUGGCGGAGUCGUUCGAGACGUCGGUGUCGUGGGAGCGCGCGCUGGCGCUGUGCCGCAACACCAAGGCGCGCGUGCGCGACGAGUGCGACAAACGACGCAUCACGCACUACCUCAUAUCGUGCAGACUGACCCAGACAUACGAUGCAGGCUGCUGUAUAUACUUCUACUUCGGGUUCAAGACGGUUGGGUUCAGUGACCCGGUGCACGUGUACGAGGAAAUUGAAGAGGCUGCCAGAGACGAGAUCAUCGCUAAUGGUGGUUCAAUAUCCCACCACCACGGGGUGGGCAAACUCCGCAAGAAAUGGUACACGGCCACAGUCAGCGAGCCGGGCAGACAUCUGCUGCUUGCGGCUAAGAAGGCGCUGGACCCCGACAAUAUCUUCGCACUAGGCAAUAUGGCCUUUGACCAGUACACUCCGGAUAUUGUGAAGAGCAAAUUAUAAAUAAUAAUUGUUAAGUGGCCAUAUUGUUAUUUAAUCCCACGACUACUGGCUGGAAAAACGCCACAAGAAAUGGUAAACGGCCAUAGUGAGCGAGUCGAACAGACAUUUGCUGCUAGCGGCUAAGAAGGCACUGGACCCCGACAAUAGCUUCGCUCUAGUCAAUAUGGCCUUUGACCAAUACACCCCGGAUAUUGUGAAGAGCAAAUUAUAAAAUAUAAUAAUAGUUGUUUUGUGGCCAAUGGCAUUAUUAUUUUUAAGUAUCUAAGUAGAUAAUAUGUACUUAUUGUAAAAAUUUUAGGACGCAAAAACGUUACUUACUGUGCAUUUUCGAAUAAACGAAUGUUUUUUGAAAACAUGUUUGAGAUCGGUUGGUGCCUCAAAAUAGUUAAUGCCCACUGAGAUUUUUAUCUCUGUCAUUUGUAUGGGAUUACGUAACAG